CUGUGGUUGAUCGACAGCGGAAGAGCGCACCCAACAGUUAUCCUUUAAUAUCGAUUGUAUACAAAGACGAGAGCGGGAGUUGGCGUCAUCUUGUCCCCGCUUCGCUCCGAUUCGAAUAUAUUCUCACUUCUUCCCUUCUGGCAGGGGACGGAUUGCCGGCCACUACCACCCACCACCCGCUCACCCCUCUAAAAGUCGGCCACGCCAAGACGGGGCCGGGAGUUUGUCGUCGCGUGCGCUUCGAGGAUUCAGCUUGUGAUCCCGGAAAAACGUUGCUGGGUUCUACCAUUCCCGAAUUAUCUAGCUGGGCGCUUUGGUUUUUCCGGCUGUCGGAAUGCGCAGGCGAUGAUCUAGACCCCAUAUACUCGACUUAUUUAUCUACCAUCUUGGUCGAAUUGGACACGCGACGCGAGUGACAGUUUUCUCCCCGCCGAACUCAAAAAGCGAGCGGCACUCCCGUUCACCCCGGGGGAGGAUCGAUGAUGGCCAUCCCGGAUAACAGCAAUAUCCCGGAGGGAGGCGAUCGGGUGGCUGGAUCCAGAAACAGUGGACUCAAGUCAAGCAGGCGAAGCACUCUUCGGUGGACGGUUGGGUUGAUAGUGCGUCUAUGCAUCUGGUAUGCACUUAUCACACCGUUCCUGCGCUGCCCCUCCCAAUUAUCCGACUUGACGGAUUCCUCACCGCGAGUUUGCAGACCGUACCUGGUUGCUCGCUCUUACAUCGAACCUCAUGUGACUCCGUAUUACAAUGCUUAUGGCGCGCCGUACGUCGAGGCAGCGCGCCCGUACGUCCUGGUCCUCAACGAGAAAGUCUAUGCGCCAACUUCGCGCGUUGUCAAGCAUGGAUACGAGAAAUAUGGGGCGCCCGCUAUGGAUAAAGCGCAUCUCUAUGGUCAGCAACAGUGGGAGAUCAACGUUGUGCCCCAUUUGCAAUCCGCUACAGACCGGGUAAACGACCUGUACCAGUCUCAAAUACAACCCCACGUAGAACGUGUCGAGGCGUCCUUGUCGCCGUCUUUCCAAAAAGUCAACGGCGCGGUGAAGUCUGCGUAUGGAGACUACCUUCUCCCCUUUGGCGCCAAGUACAGGCCGUUCAUUGGCAAGACUUAUACGUCGGGGCAAGAGAUGCUUACAACUACAGUCCUGCCUUACGCGCAAAAUACUUGGUCUACAGCUAUCUAUUUCAUCCAUAGCUCACUGUGGCCCAGAGUCACCGGGCUUUACUGGGAGAACGUGGAACCCCAGUUGGUCAAGAUCGGGGAGAGACUGGCGAGUUAUCGCGAGGAGAAGAGACUACGACAAGCUGUGGAGGAAGUCGAAACUUGUGUAUCUGAGCAGCCAUCUUCUUCCAUCACUGCACCAAAAGUGACUGAAGCAAAAGACUUGACUUCAUCUUCUAAAACGGAAGAAAUCACAAUGCAGCAGACACUGUCGCCUACGGAACAAGCAGCAAAAGCGCGCGAUAGCGUUGAGUCGGAUCUGCGCACCUGGCAACAAAAGUUUGCUGUUGCUGCAGACAAGGGACUUGAGGACCUUGAAGAGCGAUUGCAAGAGGUCGUCGAUAUGUUCAUGACAAGCGGAGCAAGAACGCACGGAGAAAGCUUAACCACCGCAUUGGAGGCUGUCGUUGACAAUGAGUUGAUAGCUCUCAAGCAUCAUAUCAACAACCUGGCAGAGUCUUUGCCAACCGAAGACGCGCCCCGGGAGGAAGAGGCUGCAAAGGACGAGCUCUUGGGGAACGUCAAAGAAGCCGCCGUGUCCAUUCGAGACCGUGCCCACGCGCUUCGAGAAUGGCGUGGUUCGUUUGAACGGGAGUUAACCUACCGUGUUUCUCGCGCAGUGAACUCUACUCUCGACGUGUUGGAUAGUGUCCGUGACCUCGGACUUCAAGAGGUAGGUAUGCGUUGGGCUUGGAUGGAUGGAAUCACGUACAAAGAUUGGGCGAGGUAUCAUGCGUUAAAAGCACAGUUCGAGGACUGGAAAGACGAGUUCCUUGAUUUUGGUCUGCAACAUGAAAGGCUUGAGGAAGCGAGGGCAGUAGCGGACGAAAUCCUCUCUUACGGAAUGGAUAUUGCUGAAGCUGCCGCCAAGGAGCUUGCCAGACUAAGGAAUGUUGGUAACUGGAAGAUCGCUGCCAGGGAAGUGAGCGACAACUUCGACACCAGAUCUGAUGAUCCGCCUCCGCGGCCUAAGCCUAUCCCUGCUCCUGAAAAUACCGUGGAUGAGGACGCAGCAACAGAGGGGGUGGCAGACACUGAGCUUCCAGACGAGACUACCUUUGAAUUUGAUGCGACCUCCCAGACUGAGAGCGGCGAGGAGGGUGGUGACGAUGAAAGCAUGGCAGCAGAUGAGGAACAUACUUCGGCCCAGCCCAUCGGUGAGACGUCCUCGGGUUAUACCUCGUCAACACCCCCGGACGAUAGUGAAAACGAUAUGGCUGCGGAACAAAAUGCCGAUGAGACUAGCGACCUGAAGAAGGCACCAUGGGGAGUAGCUGCAGCAGAUGUCCCCGAUCAAAGCAUGCCCACUACCCAGCAGACCCCUAUUCAUGUGUCUUCAGCAAGAGAAAAGCCAGGGGUUUCCGGCCAUGACUUGUCUUCCGAGCAGGAAGCUGUCGCGAAUCUCAUCUCAGGGCUGCUGGUCGGUAAAGACGCCGCCUACGCCGAAGACAUCAUGAACAAACUGCACUCAAUCUACGGAACACCACGACCGACUUCCGAACCUUCUGUCACAUCUUAUGGCGUCCUUGAGCACGAUGGUGUUGAUGCAGAUGCCCCAGAUGCACCCAUCCCAGUUCUCGAAGAUCAAUCUUCGCCUUCCCUACACGACACCGAUGUCGAUGAUGCAUCAGGCACAGCAAGCGAUGUGUUCAGUAUUGCUGACGACAACGAACAGCCGUCAAGUUCCGAGGACAUCGAGGUCGAAGUAGAGGUCGAAAUCGACUCUACUGUGGACACUGCCGAGUCGCACUCGGCAAUUCUAGAUGCCACUGCCAGCAGCCUUGUGUCCGAGGCUACUGAAACCAUUCUGCCGGAACUAACUCAGUCUGUCGAAGACGAUGCCGAGGAGGAGUUGUAAUGGCAACUCGAGGAGAGAAGCAGGUUAGCUGUUGCUUGACAAUUUGCUAUUAUGAUUGAUAUCCCAACUUUUGUUAUUCGCUUGAUCACUAUCUCAGAUCGAUCAUGACCUCGAUUAUUCCCCACAUAGUUCCUACGAUUGUACGUCACGACAUAUCAUUUUCAUUUGAUGACACUUUUGCCCCUGUCCUGGUGAUCGUUCCACCGUUUCCGUUUCCUACCUUACUCUGUACUAUUUGCCCUUUCUGGAACGGCUGGCCGAGAUUAAUCGCUUUGGGUCCUGUGGCGCCGACCUCUUCGUAUUAGCGGCGUUGGUUUCACGUCCAAUUUACAAACGGGAAUCUUUUGCCUCCACGCUCAAGGCGGUAUACUGAACCCCGCUCUGCGUAUAUAUAGAUGCCAAAGCUCGGACGGCCAUUCAACAUGCAGCCCACUGAAAGCCGC